GCCCGCCGCGCACCGCCUGCUUGCCGCGCAGUGAUAUUGAUUGCUUUAGCGGCAUAAUAUGGAUUACAAAACAGCUAUUCGUUUGAUUCAAAUAUACGGUUCUUACUGGGAGCUGUGGGACCGCACGUGUAAAGAAUUCCAUGAUAAAAAAUUACGUGAAGAACUAUGGAAUGAAAUAGCAAAGAAUUUUGAUAUACCCAAGGUCAUAUUAAAGUCUAAGUUGAAAAGUCUGGCAAGUACAUACAGGCGAGAGAAAUGUCGAGAAAAUGUAAGCCUCAGUAAAUCAGGUGACCAACGAGUGCCGUACAAGUCCAAAUGGUUUGCAUACGAAGCAUUUCAGUUUUUGAACGACGACGUCAAAUUGAGGAGAGAGUCCAUUCCUUCUGGUACGCCGCUGACG